CAGCCUCACCACCAACACAACCACAACCAGCAUCACGACGACGACCUUCCUUGUGGGCUUUAUUAGCCGUUACAACAUACUACGCCCGAAUCUUUAUUUACCUCUGACGCCUGGAUACGGAACGCAGACCUGUGUCGGUCUUGUGACCGACGCAUCACCAUCACCAUGUCAACUAUCUCCCAUAUUCUGUCCCUCCCCUUCCGCCGAUCCACUCCCAUCUCCCUCUCCUCCACCAUUCGGCAGUACAUCAACACCAAAUAUGACCAGCAUCCGGAAAUGUUCCGUCAGGACCUCGAAGCUAUUGAUGUUCUUCGUCGGGAGGCCGUCAAUGUGCGAGAACCCCAUGCAAGUGGUAUCGCUAAGCUUCAGGCCUAUGCCGCCCAACUCGCCUGGAUCGGCGGCAAGUUUCCCAUUGACAUCGGCGCCGAGUUUACGUGGUACCCCGCCUUGGGCUACAACCCGGAGCGACCGAUGGUCCGAAAUAACCUGAAAUUCGAGCUCCUGAACAUCCUCUACAACCUCGCCGCGCUCUACUCCCAGUUAGCGGUGGCUCAGAGUCGCGGCGGACCAGAAGGCGUCAAAACGGCCGUCUCGUACUUUUCGCGCGCCGCUGGAGUCCUGUCCCACAUGCAACAGGAGGUGUUGCCGGAGCUGAGGAUGUCGGACCCGCCCGACGACAUGGACAUGCAUACCCUCGAGGCCCUGAAGCAACUCCUCCUCGCCCAGUGCCAGGAGUGCUUUUGGAAGAAGGCCGUCAUGGAUGGGACGUAUAAAGACGCCAGCAUCGCACGGCUCGCCGCGCGCGUGUCGGACCUCUACAACCUGGCCAUCGACUCGGCCAUGAAGAGCGAGGCCAUCAGCUCGGCCUGGAUCCACCAUAUGAGUGCGAAACAUCACCACUUCGCUGGUGCCGCCCAGUACCGGGCCGCCUGCGACUGUCUGGAGAAGAAGAAGUUUGGGGAGGAGGUGGCGCGCCUUGCCGAUGCCGUCGCCUGCGUCAACGAGGGCCUGAAGGAGAAUCGCGGGGGUUACCUCAACAAGAUUGUGCUGGAAGAUCUCCAGGGGCUCAAGAGGAGGGUGGAGGAAGACUUGAAGAGGGCCGAAAGGGACAAUGACAAGAUCUACAUGCAGGCCGUACCAUGCAAACCCGAGCUGACGAUUCUCGACCGCGCGGAUAUGGCCAAGGCUAUGGUGCCUCCCCAAGUUGCCAAUCCGUUCGAAUACCUAGGCGAUCAUGCCGAGUUCGGGCCGGCGCUUUUCACAAAACUCGUUCCCUUUGCGGUCCAUGCUGCCAUCACCAUAUACGAACAACGCCGGGAUCGCCUCGUAAAUCAGAGCGUCAUCCAGGCAUACGAAGAUCUCACGGAGAAGCUCCACUCCAUGCUGAGCUCCCUCAAUCUGCCGGGAUCGUUGCAGGCGCUGGAGAAGCCACUCGGUUUGCCGCCUAACCUGAUUCAUCACGCCGAGGAGAUUCGGCAAGCCGACGCGGUAGGUCGCAUCCAGCGAGCGUUCUCAGACAUCGACAAACUGCGAUCAGCGGACCAUGCCGUGUUCGCCGAAGGCAAGGCCAUCCUGGCCGCGGAGGAGGAGGAAGACGUCAAGCUGCGGACCAAGUACGGGACGGACCGGUGGACGCGCCCCGACAGCCGCAGCGACCCGCAGGGCGGUCAGCUCUGGGCGCAGGUCGACGAGAUCGAGGGCUACUUCAAGACCAGCAUCAGCAGCGACGAGGUGGUGCAGAACAAGUUCACCCAGGUGCAGGACCUGCUGGAGCUCAUGUCGGGGUCCGACCGCAUGCUGAUGGACUACGUGCCGUCCAGCCGACGCGUGGAGAUCCCGGACGGCCUCCGACCGGUCAUAGGACGGCUGCGCGGGGCCUACAACGACGUCCUGCGGCUCGAGUCGCGGCGGCGGCGGAGGGUGGACGCGCUGCGGGACAAGUGCCGCGGCGACGACAUCAAGCCGGAGAUCCUCAAGGAGGCGGCGCGCCUGGAGCGGACGUACCCGACGACGGCGAUCCUGCCGGUGCACUUUGAGGAGUUCUUCGAGCGCCGGCUGGACGCGCUGUACGAGCCCGAGCUGGAGGCGGUCGAGAAGGACGCGACUGAGCAGGAGCGGCUGGCGGGCGAGGUGGAGCGGAUCAGCCGGGAGUUUGAGGGCCAGCGGCGGAGCAUGACGAGCGGGAACCGCGAGCGGGAGCAGGCGCUGCAGAGGCUCGACAAUGCGUAUUACAAGUACAAGGAGAUUGUCAACCACCUGGACGUCGGGCGCAAGUUUUAUAAUGACCUGAGUAAGGUGGUGGGGCAGAAUUUCCGGGAUCCGGUGCGGGCGUGGGCGGCGGAGCGGCGGAUGGAUGCGAAGAGUCUUGAGGAGUAUCCUAGGGAGCUCAACAUGCCGACGCUGGGUUCACUUUCCAUCAGCAACAGGACGCCGGUCCAUUCCCCGCCCUUGAACUACCACUCUGGCCAACAGCAGCAGCAGCAGCAGCCUCCGACUUCCUACUUUCCGAUAAACCCCGUACCACCUCCCGUACACGAUCCAAGACAGCAAGUCGUCGAACCUUCAGCAGAAUCGGCGGUCCAAUCGUGGGCCAGCCCGACGGUAGAGCAUCAGCAACCGCAACUGCAGCCCCAUCCCCAGCCGGUUUCGACGGCUUCUGGCAUGUGGACACCAGACAUCGGCAUCCGGUUUGCUGGCACGCCGCAGGGGGCUACGCCGACUGGUCCGCCCGGUCCUAACGGGGGUCUGGGUGCGAAUACACAAGCAUCCAGACACCAUGCGAGCGGGACGUGGGACCCUAGUAGGGAGAUCCGUUUCGGGUAG